AGUCGUGCAACACAACGAGAAGUCGCUGCCAGUACCCCUGUCACAUCCGUAUUCCCGAUUUCUAAAAGGACCAACCUCGUCUGUGCAGCUGGAAUCAGUCUUGGAACUUCAAAAGAAUCAAAUCGCUAAUAAAAUAUUAGAAAAUGCAAAAAUAAUGAAGUCUCAGCAGUCAACGACAACAACAGCAUAAAAAUUCAAGACCAAACAAUGGAAAAUGUGCUAACACAGCUAUAACAUGUGCAAAUGAAAUAAUGAUUGUGCCAUGACCGUGGAAAUUUGCGACGCAGCAGUUACAGGCCAAGGUCGCCUAGUCAAGUUCAAUAAGGACACAGUGCGCACCAUCAUAGAUUUGGUGGAAGAUGAUCUGGUUCAGAGCGCUAGAGGUGGUGGCACGUGUCCUGAACUGCAAGUUUUAGUGGCCAUAAGAUGUUGGGGACGUCGUGAGGUACAAGAUGAUGCUGGUGACCUCCAUGGCCUAAGUCAGCCGACAGUGAGCCGGAUAUGCGCCAGAGUCGCGCAUGCAAUCGCGAAUAAGGCAAAUUCCUUCAUCAAAAUGCCUAUCACUAUAGGAGAGCAGGAAAGAAUUAGUGCCAAAUUUAGAGCAAUUAAAAAUUUUCCUGGGGUGAUAGGAGCCAUAGAUUGCACCCACAUUAAAAUUAAAAAAACCGGAGGUGACAUGGCCCAGUACUAUAUUAAUAGAAAAGGCUAUUAUUCCCUGAAUGUUCAGGUUGUCUGUGAUGCUGACCUCAAAAUAAUGGAUAUAGUGGCUAGAUGGCGAGGCAGUACACAUGACAGUCGAAUUUUUAUGGAGAGCAAUAUAAAACAACGAUUUGAGGAUAGGCAGUUUAGAGGACGCCUUAUUGGCGAUUCGGGCUACCCUCUUCUGCCAUAUCUAUUUACACCUAUUUUAAGGCCUAGUCGUCCAGAAGAAGAAGCAUACAAUAAUGCUCACAUCUCAACUAGGAACACUGUUGAAAGGUGUUUUGGGGUGUGGAAGCAGCGGUUCCAAUGCCUACUCCAUGGCUUACCAGUAAGCCUCCAAAAUGGAAAAGCUGUGAUCAUAGCAUUGGCUGUAUUACAUAAUAUAGCCAUUGAUAUGAAUGACACAUUGUUAGAACAACAUAUGGAGCAGGUCCCUGUAACUCCGCAACUUUCGACGGAGAACAGUGUUCACGACAACCGACCUUCAUUGUUGAGGCGUAGGUCGCAGUUGAUACUACAAAAUUUUAUAAAUCAACAUUUUUGAAUGAUACUGUUCCUGGCAUCUUA